AUGAGGGGAGGGGAGGUUGGAGGCCGUCGGUGCACGGUGCGGGUCAGGGACGGUCGGUGUGGGGGGAAGCUGGGGAUGGUUCGAGGAAAGGAAAAAUCCUUUCCUCCCCGCGGAAACCAGCUGGGGAAGCCCGCGCGGAGGUGCCACACGUCCGGGAUGCCGACCCCCAAAGGCAAGGAGUUCGCCCAAAAUCUCCCGAGAGAAGAGCUGACACACUUGAUACUGAAACUCUUGCAAGCCUGGAAGGAACCACUUUCUCACUUUAACCAGCAUUUUGAGCACCAUCAAGAGUUAUCUGAUGACAGCCUUAGCAAAGCUAAGCAAAUCAGCAAUAUGGUACAUGAGCUGAAGACGGGAGUUGAGAAAGUAACAGAAAAGAUGCAGUCAAUGGGGAUCAUCAGCAAUUCAUUACAUGGAAUGGCAUCAUCUGAAGCAGCUGGUUUAUCCAUUAGUAAUGAAGCAAACCUGAUGAGUGACUCUGACUUUAUUCAUUGUUUCAGGAGAGACUCCAAUAAAGUACGAAGCUACUUAAAAAUUCUUAAAUGUAGAAUUAUGCCAGAAAAUAGUUGCUGAGCUUUAGUCUCUUGACAGAGAGUUUUCAGGAGCAGAAUUAGAUGUUGUUUGUAAAAAGGGAAAAAUAUAAUUUAUAAAUUAUCACAUUUACAGUAAUUAUAAAUUAAUAGGAAAGUGGUUGUGAAAUGCUUUGGCAGCUACUUGACACUGUUAACCUAUGCAGUUGAAAUAUUAAAUAAAGCAUAAUGUGUGCAUGUGGCUUAACACACCAGAUAAAACAGAGUACUCUAGCAGUAGAUAAAUGAAUGUCCUUGCUUAUUACACUACGACAAAGUACAUUAUGGCUGGUUCACACAGUUUAGAUAUGCACAGAGUUGAAAGUGAAAUUCAGUUUGUUAAAUCUUGG